CCCGGACAGACUCUUGCAGACGGAGCUUUGCAAAGGCUCCUUUUUUUAUUCUCUUCUGGCAAGAUGUUUGAAAUCACCAGGACCCUUAAUGCUGCCUUAUUGAACAAUGAGAUAAUUAGCACCAUGGAACCGCAGGUGUCAAAUGGUCCCACGUCCAAUACGAGCAAUGGACCAUCGAACAACAGGAACUGCUCUUCCCCCAUGCAAACAGGGGCAACCACAGACGACAGCAAAACUAACCUCAUAGUCAACUACUUGCCACAGAACAUGACGCAGGAAGAAUUCCGGAGUCUGUUCGGCAGCAUUGGGGAGAUUGAGUCCUGCAAAUUGGUGCGGGAUAAAAUCACAGGCACACAAUUCGAGGAAAACUACAAGGAUUUAGCCACUGGCACAAAAUGGAAACCCCUUACUGAAGAGGGCCCUAUCUUUGGGAAAGGGCAGAGCCUCGGGUAUGGAUUUGUUAACUAUAUUGAUCCAAAGGAUGCAGAAAAAGCCAUUAACACUUUAAAUGGGCUCAGACUACAGACCAAAACCAUCAAGGUUUCUUAUGCCCGUCCCAGCUCCGCAUCCAUCAGAGAUGCUAACUUAUACGUUAGCGGCCUUCCAAAAAACAUGACCCAGAAAGAACUGGAACAACUGUUCUCACAGUACGGGCGCAUCAUAACCUCAAGGAUUUUAGUGGAUCAGGUUACAGGUGUAUCUCGGGGAGUUGGAUUCAUCCGUUUUGACAAGAGGAUAGAGGCAGAGGAAGCCAUAAAGGGUUUGAAUGGACAGAAGCCAAGUGGAGCAACUGAACCAAUUACUGUGAAAUUUGCCAACAACCCAAGUCAGAAAACAAGCCAGGCACUUCUCUCCCAACUCUACCAGUCCCCAAGCAGACGUUACCCCGGCCCCCUCCACCACCAGGCGCAGAGAUUCAGGCUGGACAAUUUGCUUAAUAUGGCCUAUGGCGUUAAGAGAUUUUCUCCGAUUACAAUUGAUGGAAUGACAAGCCUGGUGGGAAUGAAUAUCCCUGGGCACACGGGUACUGGCUGGUGCAUCUUUGUUUACAACCUCUCUCCUGACUCAGAUGAGAGUGUUUUGUGGCAGCUCUUUGGUCCAUUUGGUGCCGUCAACAAUGUGAAGGUUAUCCGUGAUUUCAACACCAAUAAGUGCAAGGGAUUUGGCUUUGUUACGAUGACCAAUUAUGACGAAGCCGCCAUGGCUAUUGCCAGCCUUAAUGGAUACCGCUUGGGAGACAGAGUUUUGCAAGUUUCCUUUAAAACCAACAAAACCCACAAAUCUUGAAUUUCUAAUCUAUCUACAUCAUCCUAACAAAUCGUAUCACGAACAAAAAGAAGAUGAAAACAAACUCUUUAUGGCUUAUAACCAACCAUGGACUUUAUAAGCCGAUGUUGCCUAAGUAUUACCAUUGGAUAUCCUGUGAUAAACCGGAAAGGAUUUUAUAAUGCUUAGAAAAAAAAAAUAACAAAAAACUUUGAUGCAUUGAAUGUUCUUUCAUAGCUGUCUUCGUUGAAUAUAAUAUACAUAGAUUACAAUGAGCAGGGCUUUUUUAACCCAGCCGGCUAGUUUUACGCCUUCUUUGAAGGUGGCUGUUUUUAAGAUGACCAUGAGUUCAUUUGAACAAGUAAAAAAAAAAAAUAAUUAAAAAAAACUUGAAAAAAAACAAUUUUUACAAACGUAACAAUAAAGAAAAGAAAAAAGUAUUUUUUUCUUUUCUUUUUCAGCUUUCUUUUAUGUUCACUAAAUGAGUCCUUUCAGAUAAAUGACACCCUCCCCUCACCUUUUCAGUAACCCUUUGAGUGCUGGAAAGAUGCAAAAAAAAAUUCCAGUGUUGAAAGGGAGAUAUGAAAAUGAAACAAUAUGUUUUUGCAAAAAGGGAACAAAAAAAAUAUAACUUUUGCAACCAAUAAUAUUGUUUCUAGGUUUGGUGUUGAAAGGAGAAGUCUGAGGGGGCGACAGGGGUCAGUAUACCUGAUGACGCAAAAUAAUUUAAAUAAACGAACAAUGUUGCCAAAGAGUUGGUCUCUUUGCUGAAAAUGGGUUUCCAGAAAAAAUCUAUUUUUAUAAAAUAUAAAGAAUUUUUACAAGAGAAUCUGGAUUUGAGAAAAAAAAAUAAUAUUUUGACUGGCUAAUUUAGGGGUAAUUGACAUCUUUGUCAUUCAUACUGCACUGGUUACUUUUUAGAGAACAAGACAUGUUUUAAAUUGGAUAGUAGAAUGUUUUUGUUUUUUUUGAAAGAUGGGUAACAAACAGUUAAUAUUCGUAUCUUUUCAUAGCAUGUUACAAAAAAAGAAAAAAAAAACUUUUGAUUAAGGGAGAGUGAUCUUUACAGUUCCCCAAACCACAGUCAAAACCCAAAAAAGCAAGAGGUGCAUUUCAAGAUAAUUUUUCUUUAAGUCAUCAGUACGGGAUAUCAGCAGAACAAAAGAAAACUUAAUUUUUUUUUAAUUAUUAUUAUUUAUUUUAUUUUUUUGAGGGGGGGGCAAUAUCUUCCUUAGUUUGAUUAGUAGGUGCUAUGGAAUCAUUUAUAUAUCUUAGUAUCAUAGUUAAAUGUAAUGUGUUUAGAAAUAACAUAAUCAUUUGCUUUAAAUUUGUUAAGAAUUUCAAAUUCACUUUACAGCCCUUUCUCCAAUAUUUAUAGGGCUGCGUUGGCACAUUUUUAAACACUGUUUUUAAUUUGCUUGCAACAUUUAUUUAUUUAUUUAAUUGCUGGUGUAAUGCAUUGGCCAAAAUCAAAUAUAGCAGGUUUGGCUAGUCUAUUUGUUUACUUACUAUGGGAUGAAGCAUAUUAUUGUGUCAUUUCUUGUGUGUGUAUGUGUAUAUAUAAUAUAAAUAUAUAUAUAAACUUAUUUAUUUUCUUUCUGUUAAUUUAUUAUUAAGUUGUAACAAUUUGCUAGUUUCGUUUGUAUAUGUCUUAAAAUGUUUUCUUAUGAUACUUGAUUGACAAGCGUAUCAAGGUAACGUGUAGAAAUAUUGUUUGAUAUGUUGUCAUGUUUGUCGUGAAUAUUUUUUCUUAAUGCACAGUAGAAAUGAACAGAAAAAUACUGGGUCUUUAUUUUAAUCUGAUGGAUAAAAGAACAGAGCAGAGGGAACAGUUGACAGUCAAGAGAGGCUCUCCCACAUCCAGUGCACUGAUAAUUUUAGUAAGUUUGUGCUCUGUACCGUUAUAUAUUUUAAAAAAUAAAACAAAAUAAAAAACGUUCUGCUCUUCCCUGGGUACUAGGACAGUUACUCGCUAUGCAUAAUCUAGUUGAUAGUUACAAUUUGCUAUUGCUUUCUUGUCUUGUUAUAUGAAAUCUUUUCAAUACAAGUUUAGUCUUAAUGGUAAUAAAACGUUGUUAUGGUUAUAUAUAA